CGAGGAAGGGAUUACGCUAGGGACUGGUGAGUGAGUGGUGGUGUCGGCGUGAGAGUGAGUGCAUCCAAUCCAACAACAAUGAAGCGCGGAGCGGUCUCACUGAUUGCGUGCGCCUUCGCGGUGGCGCUCUGGGCGGCGAACGGCGAAGACGGGGCCCUGGUCCCGCCUCGGCGGGAAGUGUACGACAAUGGGCGAAUAUUCGACAUCAGUCACCGGUACCAGCCGGAGAUGCCGGAUUGGGAAUCGAAGGAGGGCAUAGGACAGUUCCUGUGGCUUCCGAAGAGCAUGAAGAACGGUUCGCUCGCCAACAACUCCGAAAUGAAGCUCCCAACGCACACCGGCACGCACGUCGACGCCCCCGGCCACGUCUUCGACCACUACUUCGACGCCGGCUUCGAUGUCGACUCGCUCGACUUACACGUCCUCAACGGACCUGCUCUGUUAGUCGACGUUCCAAGAGAUACUAAUAUAACUGCUCAAGUUAUGAAAACGUUUAAUAUUCCCAGGGGUGUAAAACGUGUGCUCUUCAGAACGUUAAAUACCGACAGGAAGCUUAUGUUUCAGAAGGAAUUUGACACUAGCUAUGUGGGAUUUACGGUGGAUGGAGCAAAAUGGCUGGUGGAGAACACAGAUAUCAAACUUGUUGGAAUUGAUUAUCUAUCUGUUGCUUCUUUUGAUUACUUGAUUCCAUCUCACCUUGUUUUUCUAAAGGACAGGGAAAUCAUUCUCGUGGAAGGCUUGAAGCUUGAUGAUGUUCCAGCAGGAUUAUAUUCAGUCCACUGCUUACCUCUUAGGUUGGCUGGUGCUGAGGGAUCACCAAUACGGUGCAUUUUGAUUAAAAAUUAGGGAGACUGCUAUCUAAAAUGCCAUGGAGGUACGGAUCAUCGGUGGCUCGUGCAUGUGCAGAGCAGAGCAAGAGGGAUGCAGCAUUACAUUGAAUUUGGUUUUCUUUUUCCUGCUAGGCUGGAACUGAUAAAUUGGCACAGCGGUGCCCUUAUGGAGCAAGAUAGUAUCAAUGUUGUGCUCAACAUUUGUGGCUUAUGUUUACACAUGUUAGAAACAUGCAUGAGCAUAUCAAAAAGUCAUUUUGAAAAGGAGAAUAUUGUGUAUAUAGAUAAUUUGCACGUAGCAUUAACACUUCAAGAUGUUAGCAUUCCUCUGAAUUGACUUACUUUGGCCGCUAGGUUUGAACAUAAUAAAUUGGCACAGCGGUGUGUCGUCAUUGAGAAAGAUAGUAUCAA